AUGGUGAAUCUCUCUUUUCGAGAUUCCUAUCGAUCUGCCUCUCUUCUUGUGACGAUGGUGUCUAUUGUUCUUCUUCCUCAGCUCGCUCUUUCUGCUACUUCUACAUAUUCUCGUCCCGAGAAGUUUUACGUCAACUGUGGCUCGGAUUCUAACGUCGUUUAUGGUCGUCGGACCUUCGUUGGAGAUAUGAUCUCCGGUGAUAACUCUGUUUCCUUCACCAAUAAAGGAACUGAAGUUAGCAACGACCAAUCUGCAUCAGGAAUCUAUCAGACGGUUAGGAUCUUCAGGCGCCCUUCUUCUUACAAUUUCCGACUCGAUUCUGCUGGUUUAUACUUCGUGCGUCUCCAUUUCUUUGCUAUCUCUUCUCGGACAGAGCUUUUAACUGCUCGGUUCACUGUCUCUGCUACUUCUGGUUCUAGUCAUCACUUUAAAAGUUUCUCCGUUCAGAAUUUCAAUGAGACUCCCCGAGUUGAGGAGUUUCUCCUGAUGAUCAAUUCGCGGGAAUUCGAAAUUCGAUUUGUGCCCGGUCCUUCGUCGUUAGCUCUCAUCAACGCCAUUGAAGUCUUCUCUGCUCGUAAUGACCUCGAAAUUCAUCCAGACUCCGACAAGAAUCUGCGUACGGUUUACAGAUUAAACAUAGGCGGCCAGAAAAUCACACCAGAAAACGACACAUUGGGAAGAACUUGGUCACUAGACAAUGACUUUCUCUACCGAAAAGAUUCUGCGAUAAACAUUAACUCAACACAAAGGCCUAACUACGAGUCAUCAGUGUCAGCGACGGAAUUCACCGCACCUGAUUUCGUUUACCAGACGGCUAAAACAAUGAACCGUAGCUCGAGCACUGGGGCGGGGGGUAUGUUGAUGAAUGUUACUUGGUCUUUUAAGGUCAAAAGUAACUCUAGACACUUCAUCCGGGUUCACUUCUGUGAUAUCAAGAGCCAAUCACAAAACCCUGAUUCCGCUUUCUAUCUCUAUGUAAACGGACAAUGGCGACAAGAUGUAAAGCCUUCGGCUCAGCUUGCGUUAGUGACUCCGUUUUAUAUCGAUGUCGUGAAAGUCUCUGAUGGUUCUGGACUCUUGAAUGUUAGUAUAGGUACUAAGGAGAUGGAUAAGGAUGCUGGUUUUCUGAACGGACUGGAGGUGAUGGAGUUUUUGAACAAAUCUAGUUCCGAUUCAUCAGAUAAAAGUAGUUUCCGGGUUUACAUCAUUGCAGGUUCUAUUGCUGCUGCAACAGUUCUGGUCUUGAUUUUAUUGUUUGUGGUUUGCUUGAUGCGGAGGAGAUCGAAGAAGAAAAAGAUGAAGACGUCAGACGCUGAGGUCACAGCAUGGUCUCCUGUGCCAUUGCAUAGAGGUGGUGGAAGUUCCGACAAUAGACCUUUCGAUCCGGUCUACAAUUCCCCAUUACGCAACCUACACUUAGGCUUGACGAUUCCCUUCACAGACAUUCUGAGAGCUACAAAAAAUUUCGACGAGCAGUGGUUGAUUGGAACAGGCGGUUUUGGAGAUGUUUACAAAGCUAUUCUUCCAGAUGGAAGCAAAGCAGCAAUCAAGAGAGGCAAGACUGGUUCAGGACAAGGGAUAUUGGAGUUUCAAACAGAGAUUCAAGUCCUAUCAAGAAUCCGUCACAGGCAUCUCGUUUCGCUAACAGGUUACUGCGACGAGAAUUCAGAGAUGAUCCUUGUCUACGAGUUUAUGGAGAAAGGUACACUAAAGGAUCAUCUAUACGGCUCGGAUUUGCCUUCAUUGACAUGGAAACAAAGACUGGAGAUAUGCAUUGGAGCAGCAAGAGGAUUGCAUUACCUCCACAGUGGCUCAGAAGGAGCAAUCAUUCACAGAGACGUGAAAUCAACAAACAUAUUACUAGACGAGAACAAUGUAGCUAAAGUUGCGGAUUUCGGGCUCUCGAAACUCGCUGUUAGUAAUCAAGAUCAGAACAUUAUCAGCACUAACAUCAAAGGAACGUUCGGUUACCUCGAUCCGGAGUAUCUGCAAUCACACGUCUUAACGGAGAAAUCAGAUGUGUACGCGUUCGGAGUUGUUCUUCUCGAGGUUUUAUGCGCGAGACCGGCUCUCGAUCGUCAUCUUCCUCACGAGGAAGUGAAUCUAGCGGAAUGGGCGAUGUUCUGCAAAUCAAAAGGAAUACUCUAUGAGAUCUUAGAUCCGAAAUUGAUAGGUCAGAUCAAACCGAGUUCAUUGAAUAAAUUCAUGGAAAUCGCUGAGAAGUGUUUGAAAGAGUACGGAGAAGAGAGGCCGAGCAUGGCGGAUGUGAUCUGGGAUCUGGAAUACGUUUUACAGCUUCAGAUGAUGACGAUUCACAGAGAACCACACGAAGAUAGCGCCGCGACGAUCUCCGGCGGUGGUGACGGUAGCUCGUUGGUGAUUCCGAGGUUAAUGGUGAGUGAUUCGUUUAGCUCCAACUCGAUUGUACAGACGAAUCGAGUGAAGAGCAGCAAUGGAGGUACAGAUUCAUCGGAGACUCAGGUUUUCUCCCAAUUGAAAAUCUCAGAAGCAAGAUAA